AUGGCAUUGCGUUUGAGUUGUGGCGUCACGUGGCACUAUCUUAUUCCCUCCAAAACCUCUAGAACCGUUAAAUACCGAGCAGGUUCAGACAGUUACAAGUUAGUAGUGAAGAAAGACGAGCGGUUGACAGCGGGAGAUGUCUAUUGCGGGUCUGGAUGUUCCGGCCCGCCCGGAACUCGUGGCGGCCACCACCCACUCGUCGAAUACGGUGUCGUCUUGGACUCCGAUGGCAACGUCACGACGAGGUCCUGGGUGGUGCCGAUGCUGCCUCCGAGGUCCUACACGUCGCGAGAAGAUGUGGUGAGCUUCAUGCACGGGCGAUAAUGUGUGUCUCGUCUCCCGCGUCUAAGGACUUGUUUCGGAGCCGGAGCAACGCUUGCUCAACCAGUGGUCCUCAGUUCUCCUGUACCGGAUAACUUAAUUCUCUUUUUAACCCUCGCAUCGACAACCAAUCCAAUUGCUCAUUAGUGUCUACUUCUUUGUGGGGGUAGGCGAGUUUACUCUUCCGCUUUUCUUAACGGGAGUUUGGACCUUUCACAAGCCGAAAAUGUUGCAAGAUUAAUCGCCGCCAAAUCUGUGGCUGCUGCGGAUGCUGCACUGCAAGGAAUUCAGGGUGGCUUUUCUUCUCUUGUUCGAUCUUUGCGGAGUCAGUGCAUUGAGUUGCUUACUGAGAUUGCACGUUUAGACUUCGAUGAUGAGAUUGCCAUAGCUAUUGUUGGCCGUCCGAAUGUUGGCAAGUCAAGCCUUCUGAAUGCAUGGAGCCAAAGUAUGUCAUUGUCAUUUUGUUAUCGAAAACUUAAAUUUGUAUUUAUUGUUGAAUCUCUUCAUCAGGAAACUGAUGACAUUGUGGAAAAGAUUGGCGUAGAGCGGUCUGAAGCAGUUGCUAGGGGUGCUGAUGUAAUUAUCAUGACAGUGAGUGCUGUUGAAGGGUGGACAUCGGAAGACACCAAACUUCUCGAAAGGAUUCAAUCUACCAAGGUUUGCAAACAUGUGUUUACAUGUGGCUGUUACUGGUCAGGAUUACGAGACUUAGAGAGGGCGGUAUUACAGAUUGUGGGUCUUGAAGGCAUUCCGCGGGGUAGCAGAUGGACUGUCAAUCAACAACUUUUUCGGACCAAGGACGCACUUGCAAGGUUACAAUCAUCAAUAAAGGAGGAACGGCCUCUUGAUUUUUGGACAAUUGAUUUGAGGGAUGCUGCAUUUCCCUUGGACAAACUAUUGGAGAAAAUUAUCAGGAGGAGGUUUUCACAUAUAUUUGGCAAGUGUUUCUGUAUUGGUAAAUAGAAAGACUCCCAAUACGUACGUGGUGAUUUUGAGCUAGCUCCUUACAUUUCUCACUCAUGGAUAGGAUAGGACGCCAACUUCAAUCUGGUUCAGUAGCAGUUUCCAUGGAUUUCAAGCCAUAUCAGUUUUGUUGUAUGUUUCUCGUACUGAUUAUCACUUGAGCCCCUCCUUGUGUGGUUGGGAUGAUUUUUAAAUUGAGUUGUAGAACUUUUGAAU